GGCGGGGCGGCCAUGGCGGCGGCGCGGCGGGUGCAGCUCCGGGGGCCGCUGCUGCUGCUGCUGCUGCUGCUGCUCGGCGCGGCGGGGCCCGGCGCUGAGGCCGCGCGGAGCCGCGGGGCCGAUCGCCAGAACAGCCUCCGCCGCGCCGCCAGCGGCCUCUACCAGGGCGUUAGCGGCCUCUUCGGCGAGGACAACGUGAGGGCCCUGCAGAAGUUUUUCUCAAGGUUGACAGAGAGGUUUGUGAAUGGGGUGGAUGUAUUAAUGGACACAUUCUGGAGAAUAUGGACUGAUUUGUUAGAUGUUCUUGGAAUUGAUGCCUCCAACCUGACUCAUUACUUCAGCCCAGCAGCGAUUGCCAACAACCCCACCCGCGCCCUCCUGCUGAUCGGUGCCAUUUUACUGGCCUACUGGUUUUUAUCUCUCUUCCUUGGAUUCUUCUUCUAUCUCCUGCACAUGCUGUUUGGCCGCUUCUUCUGGAUCGCCAGGGUGGCCCUGUUCACCCUGUCCUGCGUGUACAUCCUGCAGAAGUACGAGGGCGACCCGGAGCACGCCGUGCUGCCGCUCUGCUUCGUCGUGGCUGUCUACUUCAUGACGGGGCCAGUUGGGUUUUACUGGAGGAGGAACAGCAACAGCAGCCUGGAGGAGAAGAUGGAUCACCUGGAUAGUCAGAUCAGACUGCUGAACAUCCGCCUUUCCAGGGUGAUCGAGAACCUGGACAGGGGCAGCGAGCAAUGAGCCGGCCCCUGCUCACCUCUGCACCAGCUCCGGGAAAUUCCUAAGCACUGUCUCACCCGAAGUUACAAAGCAACAAAAAACAUCACAUGGUAAAAAGUGUGCAAAGUUAUAACUUUUCAUCAUGUCUGAGACUAAUUUAUCUAGGUUAAACACGUUAGACUUCUAGGAGAAAGAAAAAAGAAAAAACAUUUACAAAAUUCAGCUGUAUAUUCCGAGUUUUAUCCAGUACUAGAAUUUUCUCAGUAGAUAAACGCUUACUUUUACAAGCAUUUAAAAACAUCUUUUGUAAAGUUUUUAUAAAAGCAAAUUGAGUAGUCUUUCAGAUAUUGAAAUUGAGUUAAACGUAUGCAAAUUUGACACUUUAACAGUUAAAAAGAAAAAAAAAAUCUCAAGCUACCAAGCACUUCCAUUGAGAAGUAACUGCUGUGGGUCCAUAUUUUUUCUUCAGAGUUGUGAAUGUUUUUGUGUUUUUGUUGGCUUAUUUCAUUGCCUUGAAGUUGCCUUUCAUAGAGUAUCAGAUGAGGAAUUUUCUGGUAUCCAGGCCAAAAAAUUCACACCAUAGCUUUUAACAGGAGGUGGGGAAUGAGGGAGAAGGAAGAUCUGAAGUCCUUAAAUGCCAGUCCAGUGUGAGGAAGCACAUGUGUGGCAUUUUACCAUUGCAUUCCAUCCCGAAAACUUUAAUUUGCUAGUGUCUGGAAGGAAAUCUGCUUUAAUAAAUUGGCACAGAAGGAAGGUGUAGCGUGACAAAUUGUAAUUCAUAUUCGAUCUGCACAGUGAAGCAUUUUCCAAGCUUAAAUGCAUAGCCUAAAACAUGAUUUUUAACCUCAGGACCCAUGUACUUUCUCAGAAAAGGCAGCAGUUAAAACACGUGCUAAUAUAUUGUUGCUUAAAGCUUUCUCAGGACCAAUAAGCGGCAAUAAAUUCUCUUCAGGAAGAUCUGGAUUUUUUUCUAAAAUUACAAUAGUUUUAUAGGAGCUUUUUGCUUGAAGUCUGUGUCCUCAUUAGGUUUUGGGCAAAGCGAGUCACCUUUAAGAGGAGGGUGCAGGAAGCAGUUCUCUUUCAAAGUGGAGCUUUGAACAAAUUUUAUUUUGCAGGAUUUUUGUUUUAUUCGAACUAAGCAGCUUGGUAGGGUAUCACUGGCUGUGCUGGUUUACUGAAACUAAGGUAACCUCAGGGAAGGAAGUCUGGAGUGUGGCUUCACCUGGAAACAGCAGCAUCCAAGGACACAGAUGUGUGAGGGAGGGGAAGCACCUACCCCGAGUGGUGAGCACAGUUCAGGUACCACGGGGGGUAGGAUGGAGCACAGCUGGAGCACAGCUGGAGCAUUCCAUAUCCCAUAGGGUCCAAACAAACUCCAUCAAAAAGCGCAACAAACUCGGUCUGGGAUGGGCCUGGCUACAAAGCAAGGGGAGGAGGAGGAGGAGGUUCCCCAGGUGUGCCUGCCACUGCCAGCUCCAGUGGGACAGGCUGGGGCAGCUGAGCACAGCUUGUUCUUCCACUGGGCAAAGCUUUUGUUGGAUGUGAUGCUUAACUGAAUGUAACUGUGGGGCAAAGAAUUGAUUUUUCUCUUUAUGCUGAAGUUUAAUGUUCUUCUUGAAAUGUGUGUGUUACUUGCCUAACCUCUUUGGGUCUGUGUGAGACAUUUCCAUGGGGGUUAUUUUUUAUUUUUAAAUCCAUGUUAAUGGCCUUUACUCCUGGUGAUCACUUUGGUUCAACACGGUUGAAGUUCAUAUGCACUUGGCACGGUUGGAAUGCAUUUUGAUUUUUUGUGUCACCUGUAAAUCCCCCUGCACCCCAUUUAUUAACAAGUACAUGGUUUAGAGUUGUGAAAUAACUGCUUAUCACAACUUCAAAUCUUUCUGUGAACAGAUAGGGACUAUGGCAACAUUUCCACUUUGUCAAGCUGAAAAUGUAAAUUACAGUAAAUUCCUUUUUCCAGCUCAUUUUCCAUAGUAUUACAGAGUCUUCCCUGUAAACUCAGUUCUCCCUACUGUUUUGCACAGAGGACUGGGCUAAAACACCAACCUGGAAAUUAGGAAUAGUAAAGCUUGUCAGGUCUUGAUGUGUUUUUGUCAAAUUUGAGACCUGAGGACCAAAGUUUGCAAACCUUGCUCAUGUCAGCGGCUCCAUCGCCUCCUUAGGACAACGUGCAUGGGUCAGUUUGCACAGGUUGUAUUUUGUGUAAUCCAUAUUUAACGUUGAAGUUAAAAUACUGAAUCAUUUCUAUAUUAAGAGUUGUCUAUGAAAAAGAUUUCUUUAAAAGUAUUAUAUAGAAGUUGAUUAUAGUUUCUCCCUGUCUCGCUCUAAUAACUUCUCUUAGUUUUAUAAAACCAGCCCUCCUAUAUUAAUGCUUUUCAUUUCGAUCACCCUGCUGCUUGAAAAAUGGUAUUUUUAUAUUUACUUGCAUCCCAUGUAUAGCAAAAUGUUAUGUGAAAAGCAGUAUAUAUAAAAUUGGGUGUUUUUAAUCAGUAUUUUUCCCAGCACUCAGUUUUCACGUUAGUCAAAUUCAGAAGUAAUGAUUUUUUUAAAGCACAAUCUAAUCUUCAGUAUAUAUAUAUAUAUAAAUAUAUAUAUAUAAAUAUAUACCUUAAAAUGCUCUGUAUUUUUAAACAUGCACUGUAGUGAAAGCGCUUUUGGGGACAUGAAUGUGGUAUUGUAUUUAAUCUCUUCCAACUUUUGUAAAUACCUUUUACAAGUAUUUUCCAUACCGGGCCAUCUGGUUUAUCCAUGGAGGGUUUUUUGCUGUUUUUUAGAAACCUGUGGCUGCACUGCUUUUUGUAUCCCACAGAACAUCCCAGAGACAGGCAGGGCUCUGUGUCACCUGUGGGCAAAGCAGGUGGGGGUGGCACUGAGAGCCCUCAGCAGGUGACACCUGCCCCAAGUGGGGGUGGCACUGACAGCCCUCAGCAGGUGACACCUGCCCCAAGUGGGGGUGGCACUAACAGCCCUCAGCAGGUGACACCUGGGGCAGGGAUGGCACAGGACAGCCCUCAGCAGGUGACACCUGCCCCAGGUGGGGGUGGCAAUGACAACCCUCAGCAGGUGACACCCAGCUGGGGCAGGGAUGGCACAGGACAGCCCUCAGCAGGUGACACCUGGGCAGGGAUGGCACAGGACAGCCCUCAGCAGGUGACACCUGCCCCAGGUGGGGAUGGCACAGGACAACCCUCAGCAGGUGACACCCACCUGGGGCAGGGAUGGCACAGGACAAGCCACAUUUUGCUGUGACCUCACGGAGCAGCUCUGUCACAGCCCGUGGUGCCCUCCUGGGAGCUGCCCCUCCUGCGGGGCACAGGUGACACGGGGACAGCCCCACCUGGCUGCUCCUGCAGGGUGGAUCCCGCUCCUGGACCUUCCUGCAGCCUCUGGAGGAGCCAUCCCUGUGUGUGAGGAUGGGAAUUGGCUGCUGGAUCCCCGUGCUCCCGAGGGUUUGCAGCUGCCUGCUUUGGGAGCCACCCUGACCUCGUGCAGUGUUUCCCCGCUGUGGCAGAGCAGCUCCUCGGGACGGUGUGUCCUGUGGGAUGUGACCUUUCCCGGUGGUUUGGGUGUCAGAGUGGUGUUCAAACCCGCUGUGGCUCAGUGCUGUGCUUCUAUAGCGCGUCCUUCACUUCGUGAUUUGCUUCUCAAGACUCGUUGCGUCGUCGGUGUGGAAAAUAGAAGCAGUAUCAACCUUAGCUCUUCGGUGGUGUGGAAGUGUGUCAGUGUGGUUUGCCUCACAUACUGAUCCGUAUUUGGCAGCUAAUGGCGUUAAGUGACCAUGAGUUCUCUUUGUCUGGGUUGGAAAACAAAAGGUUUUAUUGUAUCCGCAUGUAUUUUAAACUUUUUGGAGAAUUCCAUCGACCUGUGAUGACAGCACAUGUAAAAACCGAUCUUUUCCUUUUAUUCAGAAGUUCUAUUUGCUGUGGUAGCACUCGUUGUUGGCACUGAUGGUAGUGAUUUCACAUCCUGUUUUGUACAUCAGGUUUUAUGAUUACAGUGUUUCAGUUUGUACAAUUGUUUAUGUAAAAAUGAUUUGGUCUGAAGGGAUGCUGUGUGUUCACUUCUGAUCCUAGACACAUACGAGAUCCUAAUGGUAAUACUGUUUAGUAGUUACAACUUAAUUUUUACAGAGCUUUACAUGCCUUUAUUUAUUCCUUUAUCGGACCAUCCAAACCAUGUACUCUGUAGUUGAGUAUUUGUAGACCAGUUUCACAAAUCAACUUAAGGUAUUGUGGCAAAGCUUCGAAUAAAUGUUUACUGAGACUUUGCACUGA